AUGACGCCCUUGUCAGCCUCCAAAACAAUUAUGAUGAAUUUCUGUUCUGAUCACUGCCACAUGUACUUCUUAGGCCUUGGGGAAGAGUCUGACACUAUUCAAUGGAAUGAGCCUUCAUUUUUGGAUCAUAAAGAUACGUCCAUUCUUCAAACGCUUCCAGCAAAUCAGAGCAGCAAAUCUAAGUGCAGGUUGAACCGUACGAAAAUAAUUUGGUGUAUUCAUAUCGGAGCCCAGUUUUCAGUUGAAGAUGAAAAUAAAAGAACGAGAACAGCAUAUACAAGAGGUCAGUUGCUUGAACUGGAAAAAGAAUUCCACUUCAACAAAUAUAUUUCCAGACCACGUCGGAUCGAACUAGCAGCGAUGUUGAACUUAACUGAAAGACACAUCAAAAUUUGGUUCCAGAAUCGUCGUAUGAAGUGGAAAAAAGACGAAGCAAAGCGCCGACCGCGACCUUUGGCAAUGUCACCUAGCAGUAACGUGUCACAGACUAAUAGUGCAAGUAAUGGCUCACCUCCAACGGGUAACAAUUCAAGUACAUUAAACAGCUGCGGUAGAAACAGCACAUCGAUAUCCAACCGCAGCAGUAAUAACUGUGAUGGUAGUCUCUCACCCACUUUAGACAGUCCUCGCAGAAUCAAAGGCAUGACUGGUUGCAGAGACUCCUCAGAUGAGAAUGGUAUACCGUCACCGCAAAGACAUUCUGAUGGUUACGACAGUACUUAAUCACCUGAACACCUUCACAGAUCUAAAAGAAAACUUCACAUUAAUAUAACCUAAAUUUUUAUACCCUGUGCUUUUGCUUAUCUGUAUACUUUAUGUAUGUUCUGAGUAAAGCCAGGAAGCAAUUUUAAAACUGGCAGUUUGUGAAUUAUACAUAGAUGCAAAUAAAGGUAUGAUGAAUAAAUAUUAGACAAUAUUAAAUUAUAAAAGCUAUUGCUGUUUUAAAACAUUAUCGAUCAGUCAUUUGCUUAUGCCCUAAUGUUUCGACAUUUAUUCGAUCAAGUUUUCAUAAUAUAUUUGUUAUGAGGGUGGCAAAAUACUAAGAAAUCAACACAGCUAGAAACACAUAUCAACAAAAUAAUUUUUGUCUUUAUCCUCGUCAACACAUGUGACAGGGCAUGCGGGUGUAUUUUAUGAAUUUACUUUAUUAU